AUGGCCAGCAAACCCAAAGAGCUGUCCGGACCUUCUUUUGAGGCAAUGGUUCGUCUCGAAACCGGGCAUCAUGCCGCCGGAAUGUCCAAGAUAUGCUUCCACCUUGAUGAAGCCGCCAAAUACGUCUCAAAUGCAAGACAAGCCGACAUUUUGGCUGAAUACAUUGAGUGCUUUAGCACCGGAAGCUUAGAGGCUUACCGCAAUCCACAGAAGUCGUGGGUCGCUGACAUAUUCCCCCGAGUAGAGACUAUCUUGGGAUUCGUGGAACCAUAUGGAGAUCCUUACGGCGUGCGAGCCGAAUGGGAGGGUGUGGUUUGCAUUCCCGAUCCGGACGAAACCUAUAAGCUGAAAGCACUUGUCGAGAAGUCUACAAUAUACAAUGACACAACUCCAAUCACGGCAGAUGACCUCAUCUACUACACAUAUCUGCACAUCGGGGUGGAGGGUAUGCCAGCCCUCCGUACAUUCAAUGUGCGCGAUAAUAUCUGGGGCCAGCCACAUGCACGGUUUGAGCCAAGGUUCGCCAUUUUGAAACACUCUUUACUUGACGGCGGCGGCGUCCUAGCAGUCUCACAUGACGCACAAGCCGAGACGGUCCAUGUGUCUGUUGACCGCUCCAAAAUUUCUUCCCACGGAAAGCCAUCUCUGGGCAGGAUGCUGUGCUGCAUCCAAAUCUGGCGAUGUAUUGCGGAUGUCGAGUCCUGCAGAAGUUUCUACCAGCCGCUUAGCGCGGCGGAUGGUGCGCACAAGACUUGGAGGCAUAUCGUCGCAUCUUAG